GACUCAAAACCAAUAAGACUGUGGUGGUGCACAUUAUGGAGAAUACAUACCACCUUGAAUUAUACAAUUUCCCACAUGUUCUGAAGCCAUCUUUAAACUUUUCAACACAUCUGAAAAUAUCCAGGUACGACAACGAGCCUCUGACUCCAGAGGAUCGGAUGAACUCUGUGUUCAUUGACAUCGGUCACAGAACAUCUAAGCCCAUCGGACAGAACCAGGGAGAAACCAACUCCGAAUCACCACAAGACAAGAUGGAGGAAAUAAAAAGCUAUAGACGCUUGACUCUACCAGUGCCUCAGGAUGGGAUCGUACACAUUGAGUUCCAGUUACACAAACAAGUAGAGAUGCUUUUCAUUCAGGCCAUGUUCAUGGGCAGUGAGGAGAGCCUGGAGCUCUACAAUAGUAACCACUCCUCUCCCAGUGGAUCAUACAUCCAGAUCCAACGCCUCCGCUCUCCACCACAGAUUGGAAAACCUCUUCCUAUAUCUGUAGAGAGCACUUUCCAACUCACUGAGCUUCACUAUCUGGUGACGUCCAGGGGUCAGGUGGUGGCUGCUGGGACAGCAACCUCUCCCUCCUUCUCUCUGACCCCUGCAGUAUCCUGGUCACCAGAGGCCUGCAUCACUGUGUUCUGUGUCCUACCAGAUGGAGAGAUCAUCAAUGAGUCCAUGCACGUCUUCCUCAAGCCCCAUGGAGUCCUACAAAAUGAAGUAUAUCUGAGCUGGAGCCAUGAGAAGGUGAUGCCAGGUGAAGAGGUGUCCCUCACUGUCCUUGUGAUUGAACCUGGCUCUCUGGUCGGAAUCAUGGUGAUGGACAAGGACUCUGACUCUGAUGGUGACAUCACAGAGGAGAAGGUGCUGGCGGAAAUGACUGAAUACCUCAAGGAGGAGAUAACCCUUCAGCAUAGUGGAAUAACUGGAGGGAAUGACAGCCCGCUCUCCGUUUUCACGGCUUGCAACCUUGUGGUUUUAACAGAUGCCAGUUUACAUACAACUGGAGAUUAUCAGGAGACUGAAAUGGGUAUGAAAACAAUGACACACUCUAGUGUUUGGAUAAAUGAACAUUUAUACAAAACGCCCUCCAUGGGACAGGACUUCUCUAAGACCUGGCUGUGGCUGGACAUGAACAUCAGUGAGUCAACAACAACUAGUUUCCAUGUGGCUGUCCCAGACAGCAUCACCUCCUGGAGAGCAAUGGCGUUUGUUAUGUCAGAUAACCUGGGCUUGGGCCUCACCUUUAAACCACAGAAGCUGAUAGUGUCAACGGAUUUCUCCCUGUCUCUUGAUGUCCCAGAAUGCAUCACCAGAGGAGAGCAGUUUGUCCUCGAGGUCAACCUCUUCAACCAUCUAGAAGAGGACACGGAGGUCAUAGUGGUGGUUGCUGAGAGCUCUCGCUUUGAGUUUGUUCUGGCAGACCGAGACCUUGUUUCUAUGGUGAACGCACGUAGAGUGACGGUGGGGAGCCAGGGCGGCGCCACCGCUCUCUUUCCCAUCAGGCCUCUGGUUUUUGGAGAGAUAUUGAUGUCUGUGAAAGCAAUGACUGGACAGGCCACAGAAAAGAUUGUUCGUAAAGUACUUGUGAAGCCUGAGGGUAAAGAACAGUCCUUCUCAGAGACCGUGUUUCUGGAGGUGGUUCCGACCAACCGUAACCUGUCCAGACAGCUCCACUUCUCCUUCCCUCCAGAUGUAGUGCCAGGCAGCGAGAGGGCUCACGUGGCAGUGGUUGGUGAUAUCUUGGGCCUGUCCAUCACAGGGCUGGGCUUGCUGGUUAAGAUGCCUCACGGCUGUGGAGAGCAGAACAUGAUCAACUUCGCUCCCAACGUCUAUGUCCUGCAGCGCUUGGCGAAAUCCAGCCAGCCAUACGAGGAGAUACGCAGCAAGGCUUUGUUAUACAUGAUGGAAGGAUAUCAGAGAGAGCUAUCUUUCCAGAGAGAUGAUGGAUCUUUCAGUGCCUUUGGAGUCAGCGACACUUCUGGUAGUACCUGGCUGACAGCGUUUGUCCUGAGGUGUUUCCUGCAAGCCCAGUCCUUCAUGCAGAUUGACCAGAGUGUUCUCUCCAGGGCCAUGGGCUGGCUGGUCCAGCAGCAGGGAUCCCAGGGAGAGUUCAUCGAGAUGGGCAGGGUCAUUCACACUGAGCUACAGGGAGGCCUGGAUGGACCCGUCUCUCUGACCUCCUAUGUACUGAUGACACUGCUGGAGGACCAGGCCUAUGUGAGCAUGUUCCCCGGCAACGUGUCCCUGACCAGGAGCUAUCUAGAGGGCGAAGUGGCUAGCGGGGUGUCCAGUAACUACAGCCUGUGUCUGGCGGCAUACGCUCUGUCUCUGGCUAACAGUCUCACCGCAGGCACAGCCCUUGAUGAGCUCAAGAGCAGAGCUGAUAUUAGAGAUGGGGUCCAGACCUGGCGGUCGUCCAGUGCCGAGGUGUCUGACUCAUGGCAGCCGCGCUCAGCAGAGAUAGAGAUGGCUGCCUACGUGUUGCUGGCGCUGUACAAGCGGGCUAGUGUGGUGGAGGCCAUCUCCCUCAUGAAGUGGCUGAGCCAGCAGAGGAACCACCUGGGGGCAUACGGGAGCACACAGGACACAGUGGUAGCCCUACAAGCCCUGUCUGUCUACGCUGCCUUUAGUGGGGCAGAUGCCAUUGAGCUGGGGGUCGAAGUGUCCACCUCAGUCUCACCUACAGUGUCCCACUUCAACAUCAACUCCACCAACUACCUGGUACAUCAGAGCAAAGAGGUAGAUGCUGAACAAGAUUUACUCAUCAAUGUAUUUAUGGAGGGAAGAGGAUUCGCCUUAUUUCAGAUGAAUGUGUUCUACAACAUAGAGGACAGAGUGCUAUCUGAGAAGAGCCAAGAUGACACAGACCAUGAAGGUUUCUCUCUGGACGUUGAAGUGUUAGAUGAUGAGGAUGACCUGGACCACAUCAUGUUAUCCAUAUGCACCAGGCUGCUGGAGAGCCAGAAGAUAGCUCAGACAGGUAUGGUGCUGGUAGAUGUGGGUGUGCUGAGUGGCUUUACCCUUGCGCCACAGGCUGUUGCCACGGGCGACCUGGUCAGAAAAGUUGAGGCUUCUCCUGGGAAAGUUAGCCUCUAUUUAGAUUCAUUGACCACAACACAGGUGUGCAUCAGAAUCCCAAUGAUAAGAAACUUCAAAGUGUCACAUGUGCAAGAUGCUGUGGUUCAGGUGUACGACUACUAUGAACCAAGGCGUAAAGCAGUGAGGUCCUACAACUCCGACGUGAUGCAGGACAUGGGCUCCUGUGCCUUCUGUGGGAGAGACUGCGGUCUCUGCAGGCAAGAAAUAAUUAUCUCGAGCUCCUCCACCACCCACACAAAGAACACUGCCAUCUACUGGUUGGGAUGUGUACUGGUUGCAAUUAAAGCUUGACUGUUAUAACAAUAUCAAUGUCUCGUGGACAGAUCUACGUAAACAUAACUGGCACCAUGGAAUCUAUGGGAUGCGUGAGAUAACAUCAGAACUACUGCUGCUCGCUGAGUUUUUUUCGUCACUAGUUAUUUGGACAAAUCACGAUUUGGCAGGUGUUAGCGUCUUUGGAAUUGGGAAUGGGAGUGGACAUUCGGCUCGUAACUUGUAAAGAGAGAGGGUGGAGCUCCUGGUUCUAGCAUUUCUUCAUCACUUUUGGACCCAGAACUUCAUCCAGCAGCUGCCCAAUUACACAAGACUUUAGUUCUAUGUUAACUGAGAUUAUAAUAAUAUUAACAGCUUAUUUUAAAAGCCGUUGUCAGAAGGCAAAAACGACCUGUAGAAAUACCUAAUUAUUAUUCUAUGAAUAGAUUUGAUUUACUUAGCCCGAAUCAGUAAAUUGGUCAAAUCAGACUGUUUUAUUAGCUAUUUGAUGCGCUGGAUUUAAUGUGGAAUGUACUUUUUAUAUUUAUCAUAAAUCUGUGUUUUUUUUGUAACCUCAUUAAUUUGUACACUUUGAUACAAAAAUGUAAACAAAGUCAAAUAAAUUGAGGUGAAUAAUGAAGAUAUAGUUUGCAGGACAUAGUUUUCCAUCCACUAUUAUGAGUUACUUGGCAGACUAAAUGACUCAUGAUGUAGCCUAGA